AUGCUUCCAUUACUGUCGUAUUCAUGUUCAGUUCUCCACGUGGAAAAUUCACUAUUUGUUUUAUGGGUUCUGUGGUCAAUCAACCUUCAGACUUUGUUAUUCACAGGUGUUUGCAUAAUUUUUUUUUCUUUUUCUUCGAUUUUUGGAAAAUAAGAAGUAUUGAAUUUAGCUUUGACAUACCAGGAUUUGGCCUUGCAUUGCUCAUAUGUAUUUUUUUUUCUUUUUUAAUGAAAAGAUGAAAAUUCUGCCAGUCCAUAUUCAGUUUUUGCAUUUUUUGGAACAUAGUUUAACCUUCUAUGGCCGUUCGCAUUCUUCUGUUCAUCUUCUUAUUUUCCUGGUUCAAAGCUCAGUUUGCCUCAAGGAUAAAAGUUGUUGAAACUGUUAAAAAAGACCAAAUUGUUUUUAUAAAAUUGAUGAUUUACAAGCAGGAAAAUUUUAUUUAGAGAGUUUGUUAUCACCGUGUGUCAUCACAGACUGACAGUGAUCGUAAUUGACGCCGGCAGAUCGGAUAUUACGUAACAUGUCAUCAAAAGUACCCGUAACCCUUUAAACUUGCAAGGUGGAGUAGAGAAGUAUUCAACCUGUGAACAAACAGACUUCAAGAUGGCCGCAAGUUCGGGCGGAAACGGGGCUUUCAGUCCAACUCGGUCGAUUCUACUCUCGUUUUGCUCGGCUUUUUGCUUCGGACUGUGCUUGAUGUAUGUCGUCGUCCUUCGCGUUGACUUUGGGCGAAACCUUGGGGAGCUGGACAGUCUGGGAAAGCGGAUUUUUGCACUGCAAGAUCCCCACGGACACAUUGAUAUCGUGGACGAUAGUAACCGCGUGUCUCAACAUGAACUGCAAGCGUUCAAGGGUCACACGCACUCUAGACAGUUCGGUCAGGAUGUUUUAGCAGAUACUCUUUACAAGCAAGUCAGAAUCUUGUGUUGGAUCCUCACGUCACCUCAAAACCUCCAGAAAAAGACAAUUCACGUACAGGCCACUUGGUCUCGCAGGUGUAACAAAGUCAUCUUCAUUAGUUCCCAGGAUGACCCGGCAUUCCCAACUGUCAAAGUCGAGGCCCCUGAAGGUCGGCAGUUCCUAUGGCGGAAAACACGUGGUGCAUUCAAAUAUGUUUAUGACCAUCACUUGAAUGAUGCUGACUGGUUUCUCAAAGCAGACGAUGAUACUUAUGUCGUGCUAGAAAAUUUAAGAUAUUUACUAGCAGACAAGAAUCCAAAUGAUCCAGUAUUUUACGGCCGCAAAUUUAAACCCUACGUCAAGCAAGGCUACAUGAGUGGUGGCGCUGGAUAUGUACUCAGUAAAGCAGCUCUGAAAUUGGCUGUUGAAAAAGCCUUUCCAAAUCCAGAUCUCUGUCGCAGCGAUGCGAGAGCAGCCGGCGCUGCAGAAGAUGUUGAAAUGGGCAAGUGCCUGUCUCGUGUGGGCGUGGCUGCUGGCGACUCAAGGGACAGCCAGGGGCGGGAACGUUUUCAUCCUUUCGUGCCCGAGCAUCAUUUGAUCAAGGGAAUUGUGCCUGCCAAGUUCUGGUACUGGAAUUACGUGUUCUAUCCAGCCCAAGCGGUAACCACAAGAUUUCUGUUUCAGACUUCAAUCAAUGUAGAUGUGUGGGCAUUAAUAGAAAUAGGCUUCAGAAAAUCAAUCAUUGAUGGAUGUUGGCAAGUUGAGAACUACAUCUACUGUAUUCCCUGUCCAUGUGACUCCUGGUUCACGCAGCUUUGUCUUUGGUACAACUCUGUUCCUCUUGAAGGGUGCCGACAAGGGUCUGAUUCUGCUAGGAUCUGCCAGUUUUUCAAUGUCAAACAAGACUGUGUGCCCUUUACACAAAGCUGUAUUAAGACCAGUAUGCCAAAGCUUCCAUAUUGCCCUCGUCGGUCACCAAAGCGUGUCCUUCUCAGGAGGCCAACUCACAAAGUUAUCCAGUUCUGUACUGCUUUGCUCAUCGGAGUUUUCUUCACACAUGUCCUCAUCAUUCAUGACUUGGACCUGACUGGAGGUGUGAGAUCUAUUCUUAGCAGGACAGGAACAGGUCUGGAAUCACAGGAUAUAAAAGGACACACCCAAAGCAACGGUGCACCCAACAUAUCGAAAGGAACAUUGCAAGUGUUCAAGUUACAGACUCAUGCACAAGAGUACGGUCAGGAUGUCUUAGCAGAUGCUCUCUAUGAGCAGGUCAGAGUCUUAUGCUGGAUCCUUACUUCACCUCAGAACCUCUGGAAAAAGACAAUCCAUGCCCGGGCUACCUGGUCUCGCAGAUGCAACAAAGUCAUCUUCAUCAGUUCCCAUGACGACCCUACCUUCCCUACAGUCAAAGUGGACACGCCCGAGGGACGUGACUUCCUUUGGUACAAAACACGGGGUGCCUACCUGUACAUUUAUCAGAACUACUUGGACGAUGCCGAUUGGUUCCUUAAAGCUGAUGACGACACUUACGUUGUCCUGGAGAACCUGCGCUACUUCCUGGCCGACAAGAACCCGAACGAGCCUGUGUACUUUGGCCGUCGAUUCAAGCGCUACACGGAACAAGGAUACAUGAGUGGUGGUGCUGGCUACGUUCUCAGUAAACUAGCAGUCGUACUAGUUGUGGAGAAAGGCUUUCCUAACCGAGGCCUGUGCAAAGGGGCUGGAAACGGUCGUGGCAUUGGAGCCCAGGAGGACAUCGAAAUAGGCCGAUGUCUCGAGAAUUUAGGCGUGGUCGCUGGCGAUACCCGAGACAGCAUGGGAAAAGAAACUUUCCAUCCAUUCCAGCCUGAAAUUCACAUUAUACCAAACCUUAUCAAAAAGUCAUUCUGGUUUUGGAAAUAUGCAUACUACACGACAGAGACGGGCCCUGAGUGUUGCUCAGAUUACUCCAUCUCUUUCCAUUACAUCAGCCCCAACAACAUGUAUCUCUUGGAGUACAUGAUCUACCACAUGCGACCCUUCGGCGUUGGUCACUACACCUGCCCAGCCAACAUGGAUGCUGUCCUGACCAACAUCCAGGCACCAGCCAAAGUCCCAGCCCUCGGACAGAAGGACCAACUGGGCAAGGUAGCAGGGAAUGCCCAGGUCAAAGCAGGGGAUACAUCAAAGAGUCAGGAGGUACCAGCAGAUCAGCUGAUGCAGUAGUAAACAGGUUCUUUGCUGUUUGAAUUUGAUAUGACAAGAGGCCUUGAAAACUCUUAACAACGUGUAACGGAAUCCCGAAUAAUAAACCCUUUGAUCAUAAAAAAGAUGCUAGAUAGCAACAAGCAUCCAUUUCUAAAUGAAAUGUUUUCCAAAAAAGUGAUGCCGCUUACAACCUUGGGCAUGCCUUGUUGAUUGGCCUGAUCAAAGUUUAUUCCAUUUCUACUUUUAACAGUUAAAAUGGCACAUGGGAUUUCUCAAACCUUAGGAAACCUUUGCCCACAGAAAUUGAGAUUUCAAAGUGAUUCACUCUCUGUUCGGAAGAGGUUAGAAAAAAAUCAGCCUCCCAAAAUGAUUGGACCCAUAGCUGAUCUGAAAAUCCUAAGAUUUUUUACCUCUUGGCAAAAUUCUCCUCAGCUCAGCAUUAUCAUGUCCUUAUCACUUUAAAAGGGAACAUAAAGACAGUUCUAGAUCUCAAUAAGCAGCUUUGCACUAGAGUGUAUAAUUUUCUAAGGUUUUAAUUUACAGGUGUUUUGGUUUCAAAGAAAGCAUAUUAUACCAAGUUCUUUAUUUCCGAUGUGAUUAUCAUAGAUUAGUGUACUUGUGUAUUGGUGAGUGUUACAUGUACGGUCAAAUUGCUGUUUCUGUAUUUUUCAUGGCUAUUUAUACCUCUAUUAACAUCAGUCCAAUGAGCUUGCCUUGAAUUUCUUGGAUCCAAACAUAUGCAUAUGCAGUUACACCAACAUACUUGUUCAGCUGUGGCGGGGACAAGACGCGUGCCAAAGCAUAGACGUUGCAGGGACCAGAAAUGUUAUGGGGGGGCAAACCUAGCCUCUCAACAUGGUCUUCAUUUUCCGAACCAUAGAAAUUAUCCCUUUGGCACAGGAUAACAGCUUGGGCACACCUGUUCAAUGGUGGACCUCCCAUUGUCUUAUUCUUCAUUUGUCAGCUUUUGAGGACGGUCUCCCAAGGCAGUAUACGCAGUUCGUCGAUCGUAGACUCUUAGCUAACUGUCAAACCUGUGGUUCAGUCCACAAUUUAAAUGUGUAGUAUUUUCAACACGAACACCACACUUUGUAUAAAGUUAGUAUCCUUUCUGAAAUGAUUUCAUUUCAAUUGUUUCUCUUGCUAAAGUUGCUUCAUAGAGACUAAGAGAAGUUAUCGCUCGCGGGUGCAAUAUGGGAAUAUAUUAUCCGACCUAUUUCUCUUAUAAUCACUUUUGCAGGUGAUUUUUAUGCGUAUUUUCAUUUUCAGUUAUGCAUGUAGUUCAGUGGUUUAAGUCGAGUAAGAAAGCAGUCUUGGUAAGUAGUAACAAAUACAAGUUUAUGUCUUGGUUUUGUUAAUACGCCCAUAUGUGCAUGUAUGUGCUUAAGAAAUUGUUGAUUAUUUGCCAACUCAAUUUUCUGAUCUGUAGGUAUAAAUAUAACAUCAGUCUUGAUGUAUCGGUGUUGGAUGGCGUUGAACAAAAAGGUUGGUUCAAUGGUUUUAUUCCAAAGGAUAAAUGUGCCUCUAUGUUCUGAUUCUUGGAUGGCCAGUAUUACUGCAAUUAAUUGCUCCAGUAAUCGUGAACCUUGGAACUUUUCCAAAAUCCUCCAAAAUCCAUCACGUUUUUAGAAACCAGUGGUAUAUUCUUUGCUCUUCAAAUUUUAAGAGACAUCAGCGCUUCACGUUCAUAUUGGCUGAACCUCUACACUCUCGGAAACUGUCCAAAACAUCUGUUAGAUUUUGAAGGAUCUUGUAGGGUGUGGGCCAGGGGACAUGUACAGGUGAAUUGAUGUUUUCAAAAGACUUAGGAAACAGUUAUAUCAUGGACCUACACUAAGCUGUUCAUGCAGAAGGUAGACAGGCACAGGUAGUUUAAAAUGAAUUGACAGAGGUUUGCUGGAUCCUUUGAUGGCAGGAAUCAACGGGAGUGCCUUUUCAUGAGGAAUAUGGUUUUAUAUAUAGUAUCACAUGCAUAUUUGCUGUAUUUUUGCUGCUUAAGAGUUGGUAAACAGGGUUUUUAAUUAGUUCGGGGUGAGCAGAGAUCAGCAUGAUUACUCAUUAAUUUUUGCUCUUUCGUUCAUUUUUGUGGAGUUACAUGGUGAUAUGAAUAGAUCACAUGAAGAUGAACAACAUUUUCCAGUAGCCAAUCUGUGCUUUGAUUUUCUCUUUUCUUUGUGUUUUCCCUGUUAAUCAGCACCAUAGAUUGGAUCGUAUUCAGUGACAGGGUCCCUGAACAGGCUGAUGUUAUUACCAAGUAACAAAUAUUUACUUUAGACAUUGUCAAAUUUCAGUAGGUUAACACAGCUAAGAGCAGAAGUUGGGGGAGGGUUAAAAAGUACAUCUUCCACAUACACCUACGACGACAAUUUGUUGCUUUGCAUGCAGUGCCGUGAGUACAUACCUACAUGAAUAUGUACAUGUACGUGUGGUGAAAGGAAGCAUAUUGUACUUGGUUUUAAAAUUUAAUUCGGUGGCAUUUUUACCCUUUGGCGUGCUGGCUUCAUAAGAAUUAAGCUAUGUGUAAUGAUAUUGGACAAACCUCCUCUUCAAAGAGGCUUGCAGGAAAAAUUGAUACUCUGUUAAUGAAUAUUUUGGUUGUACACAUUCUUGCAUGUGUCAUGCCUAUCAUUAGAACAAGUAGGUGAAAGGUCAGUGCAUAUUACUUACCCCCCUUGCUUCUCCUUUGGGGUGUUAUAUUCAUGACUACAUGUACAGUGUAUUCAUAUUUGCAUAAUGCCUUAUAUAGAGGCAUUUUACUUUGAUGAAAUGUGCCAUCAAAAAUAUUCUGUUGGCGAAAACAGAAUACCACCUCUGUGCAGACAUUUCGGCACUGCUUGCAAACACCUGUGAGUCACCAUGCUUCCUUUACAACAGUGUGAUGGGUUGUUUAUAUCUAGUUGUCACAUUGCUGUGCCCAGACUCCAAUGUCCUGUGGGGGAAAAAAGUCAUCAAAUACUUGGACUAUGCACAGCAUGAUGAUUGUUUCUGGGGACGGGGACUGUUGUUUUGAGUUCUUGUUUCUUUGAUUUGUUAAGUUUGUGUUCUGAAAGGAGGAAGAUGUGAAGUUUUUUUUGUCAGUCGUGGAUCAGUCAUUUGCCAUGCAAAUUGAAUCUCAGUAUGUUUUAUGCAUUGCCUUGAGAUGCCUGGCCAGACCCACUGAAAUGCAACCCUCUACCAAAAUAUUCUUUCUUCAACAAAAUGUAGGAGCAAGUAUGUCAGGAAUUCCUUCCCCAAUCCAUCAAAAACCAAAACGGUUCGAAUGCGCUUUGAAAGUUGAAGGAUACUGUCCAACCUUAGAUACAUGUAUGUUUAGUACAUGUGGAAUUAAGUGUAGAGGGUUUGUCUUUGGAUUGAAAUUUGAAGUCUUUGAUGUAUUUUCAAGUGUGAAAAUUGAUUUGCAGGUGUGUAAAACAUUUAAUUAAUGGCCAUUUAAACUCCUCUGAAUGACAUACUUUGCCUGUGUAUUUUGUUUUUAUUUAGACUCAUGGAAUAAUUUCCCCAAUGUUACAUAUUGAACCAGCUUUUGGAAUGGCUCUUUGAAACAGCAAGCCUGAGAUAAAUAACAAUGGAGUGCAUUUUUAUAUAAGUUUUGUGGAUUAAAAUUCAAGCUGAAGUGUUUUCAGUCUUUGAAAAACUCCAUUUUUAUUAAAAUUAUGAUCUAGAGACCACAAA